AUGUCCGACGACGCGAAUGAAGACCUCAACACCCGCAACUCGCGCACCACAAACCCCUCCCGCCUCUCAGACCCGGGUAAAGCAAAAGCCACCCCAAAAGACAGCUCUUCCUCGGGCAACCGCGCACGCUGGGAAGCCGGCGCACAAAAGAACUGGGACUUGCACGAGGGCGACGAUGGAAACUUGACUUCGGUGCUGGGAGGCAUGGAAGAAGCCACAAAGAGAUUGAGGUUGCAAAAGGAUACGACACCACUGCAACGAGGUAUCAUACGGCAUUGUUUGCUGGUGUUGGAUUUGUCGCUGGCCAUGACGGAGAAGGAUUUGAGGCCGACCAGGUUUUUGCUCACGCUUACCUACACCAUGGCGUUUAUCCGCGAGUUCUUUGAGCAGAAUCCGAUUUCGCAGUUGGGCAUCUUGGGCAUGAGAGAUGGGCUGGCAAUCCGCAUCUCCGAACUCAGUGGAAACCCCAACGACCACAUCUCCGCCUUGAAAGAGCUGAGGAAUACAGAACCAAAGGGAGCUGCAAGUUUACAAAAUGCGCUGGACAUGAGCAGAGCAGCAUUAUACCACACACCCUCUCACGGCACCAGGGAAGUAGUGAUUAUACUCGGCGCACUCAGUUCUGCAGAUCCAGGCGACAUACACCAAACCAUCAAUGCAUGCGUCAGAGACAAGCUUCGAGUCACAGUCAUUGGUCUAGCGGCCCAAAUGCACAUCUGCGCCGACCUCUGCGCGCGCACAAACGCAGGAGAUACGUCCAGCUACAAUGUCGCGCUCGACGAACCACACUACCGCGAGUUACUCAUGGCGAUCACCACGCCCCCCGUCAUGCGUACUUCUUCUUCCUCUGCCUCUGCCUCCGCCACCUCCAAAUCCGCGCUCCUGCAAAUGGGCUUUCCGUCCCGCUACACGGAGCCACAAGCAACGCUUUGUGCAUGUCAUGGCGUGCUUACCAACGGCGGAUACAAUUGCAGCCGCUGCUCGGCAAAAGUCUGCAGUCUGCCGCAAACGUGUCCAGCGUGCGAUUUGACGCUGAUUCUAUCCACGCAUUUGGCGAGGAGUUACCAUCAUUUGUUCCCGCUGUUGCUGUGGAAUGAAGUUUCUUGGCAACGAGCAGUGCAGAAGAAGAGUCAGAGGUGUUUUGGUUGCCUGAGUGCGUUUCCGCAGCCACCGAAGGGCGUGGAGGCGGGAGGGAAUGCAGCAGGGGCGGAACAGCAAAAAAGGGCAGAGGGUGCGAGUGAGAGUAGUAGGUAUGAGUGUCCUUCUUGCGAGAGACACUUUUGCGUGGACUGCGAUGUCUUUUGCCACGAGGUGGUGCAUAAUUGUCCUGGAUGCACUAGUGGCGGAGGCGCAGCGGUUGCUGCUAAUGGAGAUGGCGAUGUGGUGAUGAAUGGCAACGGACACGAGCAUGGAAGCAUGAACGGCAAUGGUAUUGCUGUGGCAUAG